AUGAUGGGUCUGGAGGGUCACCAAAGCCCGGGGGGAAACCAGACCGCGGGACCGUUGGAAGGCAAGGCUGUGGAGGUGGGUCGCGUUCAAGUGCAGGUUCGCUCCACCAUCGCUCAAGGCGGCUUCGCCUUCGUCUACCUCGCCCGCUGCGCGCACUCGGGCCGCGCGUACGCGUUAAAGCACAUCGUCUGCAGCGAUCCCGAUGCCAUGAAGCAGAUCCAGCGAGAGGUCUCAAUUCUCAUGGCGUUAAGAGGCCACCCCAAUAUAGUCACUCUCCACGCGCACGCGCUCUUAGAUUCCGCCGGAUCUGCCGGAUUGGGGUCUGCGGGUGCGGCGGUUGCGGGCGCGGGAGGGAUGGGGCACGGCGGAGCGGGUAUGGGUGGGUUGGGUGGCGGAGGGAUGGGCGGGAGCGGGAGUGGGCGGAAGGAGGUGUUUCUGCUGAUGGAGCAUUGCGAGCGGACGCUCGUGGAUGUCAUGGCUGCGCGGGGGACGACACCGUUUGACGAGAAGACGCUCCUGCUCACGUUCCGUGACGUGUGCAACGCCGUGUUCGCCAUGCACUGCCAGCACCCGCCCGUCGCGCACAGGGACCUGAAGGCGGAGAACUUGCUGCAGUGCGGCGACGGGUCGUGGCGGCUGUGCGACUUCGGCAGCGCGAGCACGCGGCACCGGCGCAUCGAACGCGCGGAGGACAUGGGGUUGGAAGAGGACGUGAUCCGGCGCAACACCACCCCCGCCUACCGCGCCCCCGAGCUAUGGGACCUCUAUCAAAAGGAAAUGCUCAGUGAGAAGGUUGACAUAUGGGCCCUUGGGUGCCUGCUCUACCGCAUGGCCUACUUCCGCUCCGCGUUUGACGGCGAGUCCAAGCUGCAGGUGCUGAACGGGCGCUACAGCAUCCCCGAGACGCCGCGCUACUCCCCCGCCGUGCCCGCGCUCAUCCGCGACCUCCUCGCCAUGCAGCCCCACUGCCGCCCCGACGUGCUGCAGGUCUGGCGCCGGGUGAACGAGCUUCUGCCACCUGAGAUGCGCAAAGCCAGCCCAGACUGGCCCCCGCUAACGCCCAAACCCACCCCAGGUCCUGCAGCCUCCGCGGUUGGGCGCAGACCCUCCUCCCCUUCGCCGCAGCACCUACAGCAGCAGCAGCAGCAGCAGCAGCAGCAACGGAGAGAAUCUGCACCAGACAUAAACGCAGCUCCUGCUGCAUCUGCAGCCGGAGGGGCAGCAGGGACGUUCUGGGCCAACUUUGACUCAUUUCCAACCACUCAGGCGGGAUCAUCAGGUAGUGCUGCAGCACCUGCACCUCCUGCUGCUGCUGCAUCUUCCUCCGUUGCAGCAACCUCUGCAGCUGCCUCUGCUGCUGCUGCUGCUGCUGCUGCUGCUGCUGCUGCUGCUGCUGCUGCUGCUGAUGCAGGUGCUAGCAGCAGGCCUUCUUCUGGCAGAGUGUCUCGGGAUGAGCUGCGUGUGACUUGCAACAAGCUCACUCUCGUGGUGCAAACCCAGCAGGCAGACAUCGCUGCUCUGCAGGCCGCACUGGCCCAGCAGCAGCAGCAGCAGAGUGGAACCAGCAGGGGCAGUACUGCUGAUGUGCAUGAGUCUAGUGCCACUCGCCGUGCUACUGGUGGUGCAGGGGCUGAGAAGAAUGAUGCGCGAGACUUUCGUCGGACGAAACACUCGAUGCGGUUGUCGAUCGAGCAGACUGGGAAAAGCCGUCUCACUUUCGCUUUUCCGCUGUUGCACGUCGCCGCGGCACUUCGCUUCCCCACUAUGCUCGCCCUUUUAUUUCUCCCCGUUGCCCCGUUCCCUCCUCCCUUUGCUCCUCUCUUCCCCCUUUCCCCGCUCCUCUCUUCCCCCCUUCCCUCGCUCCCUCGUUCCCCACCGCCAGAGGCCUUGAGCACCGAGAGCCUUGCGUACCUCAACGCGCAUAAUAAUGCCCGCGUCACCCUCGCCAUCGCGCCGCUCAAAUGGAAUGCGUCAUGUAAGCCGCCUCCCUCGCGCAUCCCUUCCCGCCCGCCAAAUGCGCCCUUCGUCGUGCGCGCCCCGACUGCCGCGCAUCUCCCGCGAAUCUCCUGUGUCCGCGCGCACUGCACCGGCUCUGAGCCUUCGCUCUCCGCUUCAAAGAAGUCAUUUACACCUUUCUCUCCGCUUCCCCUCCCCUCUUCUCGGCCGGCCCCCCAUUCACCCCCUUUUUUCCCCCUUCCCCGUUUCUCAUUUCCCCCUCUGCCCGCAGUGGCGCAGAGCGCGCUCUCAUGGGCGAACGCAUUGGCGAUUAAGAGCGCGUGCAAGGUGAUCGAGUUCGACGAAAGCAGGCGUGGCACGGUGGGCCAGAACCUCUACGCGGGCUGCUGCGGAGUCAAAACCGCGGACGCUGUGCAGGCGUGGGUGAAGCAGAGGAAAGACUACCAGCGCGGGAAAUUCCCUGACUUGUGCCAGAAGCAGUGCGGGCAGUACACGCAGGUGGUGUGA